AUGGAGUGGAGCUUACAUGCAAAAUUCAUCAAGAACGCUGCAUAUUUAAAUCAUUUGGAUGAAAUUUAUAAACAAUUUUCAAAGCAUUUAGACAUUUUACAAAGGAUUAAUUUUUUUUAUUACAAAUCUGAUCCAACUAUCAAAAGAUAUGAAUUAGAUUCAAAUGAACUCCCAGAAUUCUUAAGAUUAUUCCCGGAAAAAGAGGAUCCUCAAGCUUAUAUUAAUUAUUGUCAAGAAAAUGGAAUUAUUCAUAGCUUUGACAUUUAUAAUUAUUCUUCAUCUAAAAAAAUUGUAGUUAGUCGUAUGAAAUUACAUAUUGAUUUAUCUGAUCUCGAUAUAAAAGAAAGUUUUAAUUCAUUUGUUGUAAUUCAUACUAUUUUUCUUUAUUACGGCAGUAUAAAGAAUGCAUUAUUUUCAUUUCACGAAAUUGAUGUUAAAUAUCAGCCAAUUAUCAUUGAUGAAAUUAAAAACAAUAAUUUAAUCAAAGAUGCCAAUUUGAAAAAGGGAUCAAAAACACUCUUGAUAUAUGCAUGUGAAAAUAACUUUACAGAAUUGGCAAUGGCGUUACUUGAAUUACCUGCUGAUUACAAAAUAAAAGAUGAACUUGGAAACACAUCUAUUUAUUAUUGUAUUAAGAAUUCUAAUUCUUUAUUAGUUCAAAAUCAUUUUCAAUAUAGUAUUUACUUACUUGAUCAAAACAAUAGUGUAUCAUUUCCACUUGACUUAGCUCUUAAAUCAUCUGAUGAAUUGAUUAAAACACAAGUCUGUAAAUAUUUCUUUCAUCAUAAAUGGAAUAUUAAUGAUGAAGGUGAAAAAAUGAAACAAUACUUUAAAAAAGCCAGCGAUGAAAUCAAAGUUGAGUUAAUACACAAAUCAAUUGAAAUUUUCAAUUCUCAGUAUUAUUCAUUCUUUUUCGAAAAUGUUGAUGAUCAAUUUAUUGACAAAUAUGAUUUACUUACUUAUGCAUAUGUAAAUAUCGUAAAACCAAAUGAAUCAGAAGGUCAAAUUUAUGCUUUAUUGUAUCAAUUGUUGAUAAGAAAUGUAAGUAUAUCGAAAUUGACAGAAGCAAUUAUUGAAAGAAAAGAUGUUUCAUUCUUCAAGUUCUUAUUCUCAAAUAAUGAUAAAAGUAAAAGAAAAAUUAGCGAUAUUAUUUUCAGUAAUGGAAAAACUUUAAGAGCAGUUUUGAGCGACCUUGCGUCAGAAGACAAAUGUUACAAAGAAAUGCUUGAUAGCAUUACUUCUAAUUUCAAAAUAACAGUCAGUACAUGGGAAAUUAUUGAAUAUCAAAUGGCGACGUUUAGAACUCUUUUUGAAGGUGAUCAAAAUCUAAUAUAUCAAGAGUUUAUCUCCGAACCAAUGUUAUUUGUGAUUUUCAAUUUUUUAAAAUCAAUUUAUGAUGGAAACACAUCUCAAGUCCUAUAUUGUAUUAAUAAUGGUAUGGAUGUUAAUAUUGUUUUUGAUGGUAUUCAUCCAAUAAUGCUUUGUAAUGACCUAGAAAUGCUAAAAUUAUUGAUAGAAAAAGGCUCAAAUUUUGCUCAAAAAAUUUCCUUAACUGUUAGUCCAUCCACAGUUUUGGGAAUGGAAUGGUUUAAUCCAGAACACAUUAUUGAUUCAGAGUCAAAUUAUUAUGUCGAAUAUUAUCCAGUUCAUGCUAUUGUUCGAUAUUGUAAUCAUGAAAUGUUGAAUUACUGUGUUUCUUGUGGAUUGAAACUCAAUAUUCUUGAUUCUCAAAAUAACACUUUAAUGCAUCAUGCAGCUGUUAGAGAUUCGAAAAUCGAUCCAAAUGCAAGUAUGAUCAAAUACCUUUUUAAAAAGAAAUUAAGUAUUAAAACAGAAAAUAUUGAUGGCAUUCUCCCCAUCCACUUUGCUCUGAUAAAAAACCCUGCAGCUGCAAAAUUCUUAAUCGAAAAUAGAGCUGAUCUUGGGGCAAAAGAUAGAUAUGGAGAGAUCCCUCUUCAUUAUGCAGUUGCAUACAGUACACCAGAAAUUGUUGACCUUUUAUUAAGCAAAAAAAGAAAUUAUGAUAUUUGUAAUAAUAAUUUACAAUAUCCAAUCAACGCGAUUAAAUAUCAAACAAAUACAAGAACGAUUAUUCAAAUCCUUCAAGUAUUCGUUAACCAUGGUGCCUCAUUAGAUCUUCCAUCAUAUUAUGAUGGAGAUACAAUAAUAUUUAAAUAUUUAAAGAAUUACGAAGUUUUAAGGUUCUUAAUCGAUAAUGGUGCCGAUCUAAAUCAUACUAAUUAUAAAGUUGGAACACCAUUGUCAGAAUGCAUAAUUACCGAUAAUUACGUUGGA